CCCGCCUCUAGCCUCCCGCUAAAUGCUUAAAUGUGGACCCUUGGGUCACCCCUUCAACGCCACUCUUGGCCCUUCCGGAUUAUUUGUGAGCGAAAAUGGAUGAGUUGCCCCUCCAUAAGCUCUCAUUCGAGUGACUGGAUUUUCCGUCAAACGCCGCCUUUACACUACCCUUGAUUACCACGGGAGCCAGUUGGAUUAAAUUCCCUCCCGCAUAACGAAUUGUGUGUCUCCUACCCAUAUCCGAUUUAUCAUGUUUUGUGCCAGGAAAUUCACUUGCACUUUUCUAACAAACAACCCAAUUGAUACUGGAUGAGGUGAAGAAUCUGACAAACUUUAAUACGGCACAGUACGAUACAAUACGAUACAGUAACACGCUCAAAAUGGCAACUGAAAAUGCCCUCCUCGAUGUUCUCAUGGUGGGAACAGGAGAAUACACCACCGGCUUCGUAGGAGGAGGGGCCUCCGGGUCAGACAAGAAGGUAGGUGUAGUUGGUCUCACAAUGUUUGAUCUACGAAGAAGAGGCAAAGUUGGAAAGCUUUCAAUGGUUGGAGUAACGGGUAACAAGUUCCCCGCAAUUCGUAUGUUACCCCAUUUCUCACAAACACCAAAUUACGACACUGAAUAAUUACUUUCAAGGUGAACAUCUCGAUAAGAAUAUCUCCAAAGUCUACAAUGGCCUUGAUACCUCCUUCGAAUCCUACCCCGCAAACGAUGUCCGAGAUGGAAACUCGUAUAAAGCAGCAAUUGAUGCUCUGGCUCCGGGCUCCGCAAUCACAAUCUUUACUCCAGACACCACACAUUACCCCAUUGCACUCUAUGCUAUCGAACGAAAAAUCCACGUUUUAAUAACCAAGCCCGCCGUCAAAACUCUCGAACAUCACCAAGCCCUCCUAGCAGCAGCCAAAGAAUAUGGAGUGUUUGUCUACAUCGAACAUCACAAGCGAUAUGACCCCGCGUAUGCGGAUGCAAGAUACAAGGCCCAGAAGCUGGGAGAUUUCAACUACUUCUACAGCUACAUGUCACAGCCAAAAUCGCAACUUGAGACUUUCAAAGCUUGGGCUGGUGUAGAUUCAGAUAUUUCGUACUACCUAAAUUCACACCACAUCGAUAUCUGCGAGUCCAUGGUAACAACACUAGGCUAUACACCCGUCAAAGUCUCCGCUUCGGCAUCCAAAGGUGUUGCCGUAUCCCUAGGCUGUGACCCCAUAACCGAAGAUACCAUCUCGCUCCUCGUGCACUGGGUCAAGCAGUCCGAUCCCUCAAAACAAGCGACGGGGGUCUACACAGCAUCCUGGACCGCACCCCAAAAAGCCGGUGUCCAUUCAAACCAAUACUUCCACUACAUGGCUUCCCAGGGCGAAAUCCGUAUCGAUCAAGCCAAGCGUGGUUACGAUGUCGCAGACGACAAUCUGGGCAAUGGAUUGAUGUGGUAUAAUCCUUUCUACAUGAAAUAUGCGCCUGAUGAGGAGGGAAACUUCGCUGGUCAGGGUGGUUAUGGAUAUGUGAGCUUUGAGAAGUUUGUUGAUGGAUGUAGACUUGUCAAUAAGGAGGGCAAAGCGGGCUUGGAGAAAUUGGAUCAGAGAGGUCUUCCUACGUUGAGAAAUACGGUUGCUACUACUGCUAUCUUGGAGGCUGGAAGAAGGGCCAUUGAUGAGAAUAGGGAGGUGGGAAUCAAGGAGGUGGAUGGUACGUGGCAGCUUGUUUAGCGAGCGUGAAUAAGGGGCUUGGAAAAUUUAUUUGCUGCGCAUUUUGUGCGGUUGCUUUAGCGAGUCUAAAGGAUCAGGGGAAAUUGAAAUAUGUGGUGCAAAAAUUGAGUUACGAUUUAUUCAGUUUUUGCAUGUAUGACAUUGCUAUUUCCUGUGUCUAUAAUGAUGGUCUUCCCUCGUUUAAUCCAAGCUUCUAUUCGGGUACAACAAGAGCAUUUUUACUACAUAUUGACCCC